CAUUUUCUCUUAUUACCAAAACUUCAAAGACUUAACUCAUCAUCGCGAAACCCUAAUAAUGGCAGCUGAUAAAUCCCCGGCGCAAACGCCGCCACCAAGUGUCCACGCCGAUGAUGCGGACGAGGAAGAUGAGAACGUGAAGCAGCUCGAGCAGUGUUCUUCCUUAUACCUGUCCUUACAGGACUGUCUUGUUAAAUCAAACAGAAAUUGGAAAUCUUGUCAGAGUGAUGUUCAAGCAUUGAAGGAAUGUAAUGAAAGGAGAACGAAGAACAGCAGGAAGGAGAAGAAGUGAUCAAGAAGUUUAAAGGCAUGAUUUUUUUUAUCUAAAUUAUUUCUCUUAACAAAGGGUUUUAGUUUGUUGUGCAAAAUAAUUUUGAACAUGUAUUUUCCCAUUGGCAGAUAUGAAAAUCUCUUUUUAUUCAUAAUUUCAAAUUAAGAGAAUGGAAUUUGUGGGUUUUGGUUUAUGAUUUUCUAAUUUGUAUUAUUAAUGAGAA